AUGGCUGCCGCCGACUCUACAUUCCUUCGCGCGGUAGCCAACCACAUCAUCCUCCCUCCGGAUUUACCAGGCGGGUUGGACAGGAACCUCCCCAAGAUCGACGGCGACCUGCUUCGACGCGCCCAAGACGCAUGUGCCGAGUUGAAAAGAACCGUCCAAAGCGAAUUCCAGCGGGAACUGAGUCUUCUCGAAAGCUCAUUGGAUUACUGUUACUUUACCCAUUCCUCAGCACAUCUCGACAGCUUACAGCUUCAGCGUGCAUUUCGAAGACUGCAAGAGGGCGAAAUCCUAAUCGUUCACAUCAAUGAGCAGAAUGCGGGGCUUUUGGUGCGGCAUGGCACUGGCGACUUGAAAGGUCAUGUUAUCUUCGAAGCCUUUGAAGUGUCUGCUCAAUCCGAGAAAGUCCUCGAAUGUAAGGGUGCUUUGCAGUGGACGUUUCCUACCUCGGCCGCAGCUAUUCCGAAUAACGUGUUUGCCGACGAGCAUUUCCAGCAACACCUGGCCGACUUUCUCGAGAGAGGCAGCAUGGAGAACAUCAAGAAGUUCGGCGCAGUCACCCACAAAGCACAGUCACUCGCUUUUGAGCCGCGAGACACCUCCGACCCUGCCUUGAUUACAGGCCUCCUCAUCACACUUCUCGAAGGCAUUGGACGACUGGUCACCGUGCCACCCAUAUCUAAGCGUAUCAAAGAUGAAGUCCGCUUUAAAGAUGCUCUGAUUCCCUGGAGGAGAUCGGCGCUCUGGCUGCUGCUGCGUGUGGGAAUCUUGCGCCAUCUGGGGGAGCUCACAAGCCCGUCAGCGGCAAACACACUGUACAAGGCUAUCAUGUGCCUAAUCCAAGCUCGACUACUGACCCAAGUGGUCGGCUCACAGGCUCCGGACCUCUCUCAUCUCCUGCUCAGGAAGCUUUGUCGGCGUAUGGCGAAACUGGAGAAGGAUAGAGUCCUUACAACUCGUGCAGGCGCCGACACUUCGAGGGUCCAUGGCAUUAUCCUCAACAGUAUACGGCCGCCUUUACUUCAAGCCACGAAGGACGCCAACGUGAGGCUCCAAAAUGCGUGGGAGAGCUACAAGUCCAGGAUUGAGCGUCGGAUCACACCGUUCAGAACUCGCACAGCAAGACCUGAACACCUUAGACUGGGCCUAAGAAACAGUGCAACUUACCUCUGCCAGAUGCGGCAGCAACCCCUAGUCGAAAACGUCCAUAGGGGCACCUAUGUCAUGUCUCCAACCUUGCGACAAUUUCUCGGAGCAUACUCUGGGCUGGCGCAUGCCGAAGAAGAUAUUCUGGCACGACACCAAGGACUGGCAUCCGUCAACGAUGAGACGUGCUCAGAACAAAUUCUGGAAAUUGCAGAAGAUAUCCAUUCGUAUCUUUCCAAGUCGAGUGACCACUGCUACGAAAUCGGCACGGUGGACCGAAGCCGCAUGAUUCUAGCAACUAUGUGGUUAUGGCUGUUGAUGGACCGCUUGUGCUGCCGAUUCAUGCCUGGGUACUCCCUGUACAAACCAGUCUUCCAGCCUCUGGUCCUGGACUGUCUGCUUCUAUCCAGCUACGCUGACUUAUGUCGCCUUCACGAGAUCCAGUGCUACCUCACACAGCGUCAUGCAACUGCUGACGGCACCGGCCCCUCUCAGACCAUCUUCGAUACUCCUAUGUCCGGUUGUUUCGCCGACUGCUACUUCCAGAACUUGGACUCGGGCUCAGACAUUCAUCUUCUGAACCUAACCAUGCAGGAAGCAGAAGAACGGCGGAAGCGUGACAAGGAGACGGAAUGGGGGGAGAAAGACGCCGAGCACCAGAGGAUUACGAAGGAGCUUUCAGCUAUCACCUGCCAAUAUACGUUUGUCGGGGAUCUGCUGGUUCCAGAGCACGAUGAGUACAAGUGUCACAAGUGUAUCUUGACCAAGAAGGCCGACAAGAUAGGCAUCGAGAGAAUCGAGCAGGCGUUGCCGUACAACAGUGGUGAGGCGAGGGCUGCCUUGCUCGAAUUACGAUGCCCAAAGGCUUUUGCUGCAUGCAGAAAUGCUACGUGGGCUAUUGCUGCAGACCUAGGACUACCGAAUGUCCAGGAGACAAGAAAGGAACCCUUCACAAUGGUGCACAGUUACUAUGCCGACUUCUCGACGCAAAGAGCGCCUCACAGAUCGGGAAUCACUCUGGCGUCGCGUACGAAGUCUUUUCUGCAGACGCACUUCCGAUACGUGCGUUUCCCCAUCCCUUUUGAGAAAGUACGUGUCAACAACGGCCUAAGAUUUGCAUACUACGACCUCACCCGGAAAUUGUGGCCAGUGGAGCACCUGCACGAAGUUACCUUUGGCCAUCAUUGUUGGGUUCCGAUUCCACGCCGCAGCCCAUUUGCGCACAUCGACUACCCACAUAGGUCGAACGCAAUGAAAUACCUGGUCGCCAAUUCUGCCAUCAGCUCUAAUGAGGUUCUAGCUGGACUACCGCGCUGCCCACAGACUCUUGGUGCGCCAGAAUUCGUGGCCUUUCAGGGGCUCCUGUCAGAUACCCAGCGCCUGUGGCCCGCAAUCCUAGUUGAACUGGGAUCUUCCAACCUCAACUUCAGUUCCGAGGCUGUCGCAACUUUACUGCAAGCUCUAUCGUAUCGCACAGGUCGGCCAUGCGAAGGUCCAUUUCAUACGACAAACGUGGUUUUUCGCUGCGAGUCUUUCUGCAAAACCCUGUUGAGCCAAGUUGAACGACGCUUGUCAAGCAUUAGCUCAAAUUGGCGGGAGAACUCCUGUAUGGAAGUCUUGCUUAACUUGAUCUUCAAAGUUGUCGAGCUUGGAAGUGAUACUAUGUGUCUCCAGGCUACACGGCUCGUGGAAAACGUCAGACGCAUUACCCUCAAUUGGAUCAAGAUGAUUCGUGAGGAGCUCUGGGGCACGGUCAACUCAAUUGCUGCGGCAGCAUUGACCAAUUCUAUUGUCUGGGCAGCUCUGCUAUGUAGGCGGACUUUCACAAUCUGCUCUACAGACAAUUCAAACCAGCCCAGAACCCAGAGCUCUCUAUCAUCAUCGGCCCUGGUCACCUUCCUGGAAGCUUCCAUCACAUUGCAAGAAAAUCUUGUCGCAGAUCUGACCAAGCUUCCGCCGUCUCUCCGCAGCAUAUUGGCUCGCGACGUGAAGAUGGUGUGCGGUCUGCAAAGCCAUUUGAGGCGUUCUCUCGGAGAGAAGCCUCGCUCACUGGUCGCUGCGGCGGUUAAUGCACGCGUCAUAAGCGGUGCAGCUCUGUCUAGUGGUCCUACGUCAAUUUUAUUCUCUGAACGCCAUGAUGGUGUAUGGGCUGAAAUCCGUCUCCCGAGCAAGUCAAACUUCGAUGCUCCGGUAAUUGAGUACCACCUAGUCGGAGGCGUGCUGCUGCUGGAUGGGCGGGCCGUUGAGAGAGAGCUGCCAGCCCAAGUCCGGCACGCAGAUGCAACUGCUCGACUCUUCCCAAACCAGAGACUGGUUGUAUACGGCUCGUCUCUGCCUGGUAUGACAUACAAAGUUGCCUUCGAUGUAGAGGGCCAGGAAGUCCACUUUGGUUUCCGGGGAGGCGAACUCAUUAUUCGGCUAUGGGGACCAACCGGGUCAUGGGAGUACAUUCCCCCAGGCAUCUUCGAGCGGAACGACACGUUUGAUCUGCCAGCAUCAUUGAUAGACGGUUGCGUACACUGGCUUGAUCUGGAUUCCAACAUCAUCGAAGUCAGACGAGUGCCGAAGAUAUGGAGAACUGCUCCCAGCAACUGGAAGAUCAACCUCCAUACAGGAAUGGCGAACCGCAGGCAAUCAACGUUGCUCGACCCAGGCAGUAACCUAUUUCAUCACUUCGCCAGUGUCUUUCGAGGGUUCGAAGAUCCUCGUCACAUCACCGUAUACCAGCCGGCACGAUAUCCCUUUGCAGUCGAGCUCCGUCGCUACGAGUUGACCUUCUUUGUGAACUCGCGUGGGUUUCUAGAGUGUCAGCAACUGCGAGCUGAAGUGGAUGAAAAUCAAGACGCCGGCACUUGGUACGGUCUCUCAUCCAAAAUUGUGCUCCGGGAUGUCCAGAAUCCGUGCGACAGAAGCAUUAUCGUUCCGUUGGCACCCUUGACGGUGCGGCGCAAGGGCUUUCAUGUUGAUGUUCAAGUCCAGAGAAUUGAUCCGGUUGUGGGUCGCUUCUUCAUAGACAAUGUGCUUGGGAGAGUGACUUGUGCUUCGGAACCUCGACUUUUCUACACGAAGGCGCUGUUACAUGCCUGUACGUCUUUCUGCAUUCCUGAUCCACUGACGGGGAAGACCGGGGCCGAUGAAGCAUGCCAUAUCCUGCAGACCGGUGCCUGUCAGCCGUACGCCCCGCUCAGCGCUGUCAACGAGAUGCUCCUCGCCUCAAUUGCUGAUCUCACUCCAAAGCGGCAAUUCUACCCAGAAGGCCUCCGUGUCAUGGAAACGGUGAGGUGGAGAAAGGAUCUCACUGCUGCUACACAAGAUGACAGAUACUGGCAUCUAGUCCACGUGAUCAAGCACAAAUCAGACUUGUUGGCGCAAUUCGAGCUCAAGGAGGACGUUACCCUUCAAGCAGAACAGUCUUCUAUGUUGGCGGGAAGUGCCGUGGUCGACGACACAAAUACUGACCUGGUUAUCCGAGGUCAGAUGCGGCAUCUACAGUACCGGCGGUGUGACUUGGUUGCGUCGAGAGCCACCAAUGCCGAAGAUGCUGGUGACACACUGUACCGUCCUCGUGGCUACCACAAUUACCAGAAAAGCCAAGACCAUGUCUUCGAAGCGGCGAGUUUACUCCACAACUGGCCGAGCAAGCUGCCUUCGCCAUCGCUUUUACAUGUUAUGAUGCAGCAGUGGCCACAUAUUGCUGGGUACGGCGACGGUCUGGUUGUCUAUGACAGGAUACGCCUGAGUGACCGUCUUGAUACAGAUAUCGCUUCGUCCUGGGGCCCCCUGGUCAACCUUUGUCGACUCUCAAGCCAGGACACUAAGUACAAGCUAUUAUUCCUCCUCGCGACCAUCUCUUUCAGGGAAGAGGUCGAUAUGCGCUCUAUCCACACACUGAUCGCAUUCUCGGUAUUCCAGGACCUGAAGAAGAUUGAUCUGCCGUCGUGGCCAUCUUAUACACAAUUCCGUCCGGGAUACAGCCCAAAGACCUACCACCUAAAACAAAUCCUGAGCUCGUGCGUUUUGCCAUUCACAACUUCUGAGUCGCAGAUCGGCUUGACCCAAAAAGAGCGUAAAGCGGUGGAUGCAGCUCGACGGGCGCAUGAGGUGAACGCUGUGCAAGACUUGGAUUCUCUUGUCAACUUCAUGUGUGCACAAUGGCCUUGCGCUUUACCGGACCUCAAGCAGUUUUCGACCUCUACACUUGACCUAGACGCCGCUCGGUCUGCGAUUGCCAUGGCGUGGCAUGCAAUGUUUCAACAUCACGAGUUCGAGGAGCAUUUGCGGCAAGUACAAGAUGUCCUAGACAGAUAUAGGACGUCUCCACCUGCCAGAACCCCGAAGAAGGCGGUCACCUCGCUGGGUGCCGCUUCUUCUCGCGGUUUUCCAUCGGUACAGCUUGAUCUACUCAACAAGGAAGGGCCCUUGACAACCCUGCCACCCCAUCAGCCUGCCAGCGGACCCUCUUGUUUGGCGGCUGUAGAACUGUGGAAAUCGAACCAAGACAUUAAUGAGCUAAGGCAGAUUGUCAAGGAAUUGCCGACCUCUGAAUCAAUCGUCAGACAGGAAUACAUUCAAUGGCUUUUGCGGUCAACCACGGCACUAGAAAGAUCUCGCUCGGGAUCUGAGUUACAACGAUCAUUUCUUGACUUUGCACAGCUUGAUAUUCUCAUUGCUAAGGCCCAAGACACGGUUGAUCUACAGAAGAGGAGACUGGUUGCGGCUACAAAGAAGGAUGAGCCCAGCGCGACUUGGCUCGACGCCGCAGGGCUUUGGCCGGUCGCAUCGAGUGUUGACAUGCUAGAGUCUCUGCGCAGCACUAGUCAUACAUCAAUGACGGCGUCCAUGCGUACCGCGAUCACUAGGCUAGGUGUCGCUGUCACUCAUCUGCAGCGCCUUCUCCGAAUUCAAGAUGCUUCUCGGCGUGGUAAGACUCAACAGCUUGAUGAUGAGCUCAAACACCUUGGACACACCAAUUGGGACCCCGAGGGAUAUCCGGACUGGUUACUCUUGGAGAUCGAUACCAACAUCCUGAUACGACCCGUUCAGGCGGACGUGGCUUUUCAGAUUAUAUCGCCGGCAUCAGGGUCAAAUUCAGUCUUGCAGCUGAAUAUGGGGCAGGGAAAAACCUCGACUAUUAUACCCCUAGUGGCGUCCGUGCUGGCCAAUGGACGAUCUCUCUGCAGGGUGGUUGUUCCCAAGGCUCUGCUUCUGCAAACCGCACAAUUGUUGCAAUCAAGACUUGGUGGGCUGCUGGGUCGAGAACUGUGCCAUGUCCCUUUCUCCCGCCGCACGCCAUGUACGUCCGACCACCUCCAAGCCUAUGCGAGGAUUCAUCGGUCGACAUUGAAUUGUUCUGGUGUGAUUAUAGCACUACCAGAGCAUCUCAUGUCCUUCAUGCUCUCAGGGCAGCAGCGACUACUCGACGGAAAGAUCGAAGAGGCAACAAGGAUGAUCAAGUUACAGCGUUGGUUGUCCGGCGUCAGUCGAGACGUUUUUGACGAGAGCGACUUUACCAUGGCGGUGAAGACACAGCUCAUCUAUCCCUCUGGUCCGCAAGUUACCGUUAACGGCGGCAACUACCGGUGGGAAACAAUCCAAACGGUGCUCAGAUUGGUGUUUUCCCACCUUGAUGUGUUGGAACGAUCGUAUGAGUCCAGCAUUCAGGUCGUACGUCGUUCAAUGGGAGGCUUUCCAUUCAUCUACUUCCUCCGCCCAGAUGUGCAACACGCUUUAAUGCAACUAAUUGUUGCGGAAGUUUGCAGUGGGCGCACAUCACUGCUCAACAUUGAAAACUUCUCUGCGCUGGAAAGACAAGCCAUCAUAGCUUUCGUCACCGAGGCCAAUCCACAGAGCUCUGCGGUCAAGUGCGUCUCCGAGAUACACAAGAACAGUCCGGGUGACGGUUACGUGAUCUACCUUCUUCGCGGCCUCCUUGUCCAUCGAAUCCUGAUUCUGACUCUCAGCAGGCGGUGGAACGUUCAGUACGGUCUCCAUCCGCUUCGAGACCCUGUUUCUGUGCCUUUCUUAGGCAAAGGGGUCCCGUCAAACCUUGCUGAAUGGGGCCACGUUGAUGUUUCCUUGCUCUUUACAUGCCUUUCAUUCUACUACCAAGGAUUAGCGCCCGCACAAUUGAAGCAAAGCCUCGAGCGUAUCCUCAAGUCGGAUGACCCUGCCCGUGAGUACGAGCAAUGGACUCAGGGAUCGAGCGCGCUCUCUGACCGGCACCGUGACUGGACCUCGAUCAAUCUUGAAGAUACGAAUCAGCUGGCGGAGAUAUGGAGCGCUGUGCGCUACAACCUCACCGCGAUUGAUCAUUUUCUGAACAACUUCGUCUUUCCCAAGCAUGCAAAACAGUUCAAGGUGAAAUUGCAGGCGAGCGGAUGGGAUCUACCUUUAGCAGGCAACGGAUCCAGUCUAACAACAGGCUUCAGUGGGACCAACGACAAUCGUCUUGUCUUGCCUCUCAAUAUCAAGCAGGACGACCUGAAAGGACUGGCGCACACAAAUGCCGAAGUUCUAUGCUACCUUCUACACGAUCGAAAUCGCGCGUACGCCCUUGCAGGAUUCAGGGAGGACUUUAGCGGACGGGCGGUCUACCGCCGCAUGUCGGAGCCGGAUUUUCUGAGGAAGCUGCGCCACAAGGGCAUCCGUGUACUGAUUGAUGCUGGCGCGUUGAUCCUGGAGAUGACAAAUUUCACUCUAGCGAAGAUGUGGCUGGACAUUGACACUGACGCAAACGCGGCUGUAUUCUUCGAUGAGAAUAACAAGCCUACCGUCCUCACGCGGACAGGACGAAGAACACCUCUUCUGGCAUCGCCAUACGCCGAGGACUUGAGUACUUGCUUGGUCUAUCUGGACGAAUCUCAUACGCGUGGAACAGAUAUGAAGUUUCCGCCCCUUAGUCGCGGGGCAGUGACGCUCAGCCUUGGCCAGACCAAGGACCAUACCAUGCAAGCUGUCAUGCGUCUUCGACAGCUGGCGACCACUCAGUCCAUCACCUUCUUCGCACCGCCGGAGGUACACCAGUCUAUUCUUGAUUUCCGAUGCAAGAGUGAUAACACGCAUCUGGACUCUCAUGACGUGGUUUGCUGGCUACUGGAGCAGACUUGCCAAGGUCUCGAAAACCUGCAGCCAUUGUUUCAUGCCCAAGGUGUGAAUUACUGCCAGCGCACUCAAGCAGCACACAACAAUCCUCAAUACCUGUCGAAUCCAGCCCAGCGCGACGCCUACCUCGGAGCACUUCAGGACCAUGAGCAGCAGUCGCUCAAGUCCUUGUAUGAACCGCGCACUGAGAGGAAGAAGAGAAAUCAUAUCAAGGAUGAAAAGUAUGAAGGCAAGAUCAGCUUGCAUAUCAAAGAACUUGAACGACGACGAAAGGCUUUCCAGGAUACCGGAAGCGCGGUCCAUGCCUCUGCGUUGCAGGAAGUAGAGCAGGAGCGUGAAGUGGCAGUCGAAGCUGAGACGAUUCGCGAGCGACAGAAGCCUGUCUACUUCCACCCUCAUACAUUUUCAGGACUGGCCAACGCGCUGAGGGACUUUGUUCUGAGCGGCGGUCUGGGAUUGGACGAUAGCCUCUGGGAGAGCGCCUUUUCCUACAUGAAGCGAAGUGCGACCGGUCUCAAAUAUCCUGCCGAGUUACCGGCCUCUCCCCAAGUUCUGGUUUCUGCUGAGUUCCGCCAAGCAGUUAUUGUGCCCUCUGGCAAGGUCAAUGACGACUUCUUGCGUCCUGUUCAAUGGGUAUUAUGGAGUAUGACCACCGAAACCGCCAUUCUUGUGAGCCCUGAGGAGGCAGAAGAGUUGAUCCCUCUGUGUCGAGAAGCGCCGAAGCAGGUCGUGCAUCUCUUGAGCUAUGCCAUUCCCGUCACGCAGAAGAUGCUUCAAUUCAACAAUCUCAGCUAUUACGCUGUUCCCCCGCUUCCACUUGACUGGGCUGCGCCCAUAUGGCUGAGGAUUCAAAUUGGCAUCUUUGCUGGUCGGCUCUACUUUCCAUUUGAGGAGCUGGCGCACAUACGCGGUUUUCUCGGACUUGGAAAUGAUGAGGCAAGCAACCUCCAGACCGACCUGGCCAUCGAAAUAGAAGGAGAGCGGACCGAGGGCUCAAGUAGCUCGGAUGAGCGCCAGAGCUCUACGCACAACGGAGAGCAAGUCGCAUGGGAGGAGCAGACCAUUACGAAGGAGGCACGUGCUGCAAAGUUGAAGGCCACCCGAAUGCUCACAUUCCUCCACGCAUGGCUGGGAACGAGGGGCAGGGGGCAAGACUUCACCCAUACACCUAUGGGUUACAUCUGCGCACGGAAAACAUUGACGGAAGAUCAUCCAUUUUUCCGCGAAAUCGAUGAUGACGAGAGUCGGCGAAGCAGAGUGCAACAUGCCAUGGCGGGCGACACAACAGCUCCGGCACAAAUCGACGUCGAGAGGGACGAGGACGAUCAUUCCGACAUUGACGAGGAGGAAUUAGACGCCCGGCACAGAUUGACUGAGGAGGAGUUGAGGCUCUCGACGGAGUCUGCUGCGAACGAUGAAGGGAGCGGAGAUGAAGAUGGGGAAGAGGAUGUUGAAAAGUGUAAGAGUGUCCGUCCCGACUCGAAGGGCUGA